AUGGGCAAACAGCCGGCGGUCAUCAUCAUCACUAGACAUGGCGCCCGCCUCGAUCAAGCCGAUCGGAAUUGGGCUUCAACGGCCGAAAAACCCUUUGAUACUCCCCUCUCCUAUGGUGGCUGGAUACAAUCACAGACGCUCGGUGUAAGAAUCAAUAACGAGCUACACAAUCUGGAUACGCAGAGUGCGGAAUACAGGGAGGAUGCGACACAAGACCGUCCUCACAAGAGGCGGAAGAUCAUCAUACAUUCGUCGCCAUACCUGCGCUGCGUCCAGACCGCUAUAGCCAUUGGCGCUGGCAUCCAACAUCCUCAGAAUCACAUUCGCCCACGACUGAGGCCCCGGCAGCGUUCCUCAAGGGCCAGCCUACUCGCCGAGGAGGAGGCCGCACCAGAUUCUCAUGAGGCUGAUAGCUCAUCCCUGCAGCGCACCACAAGUCGCGAGCCUGUACAUACAAAUAGGCUGGGCUAUAAUACAUGUCGGCUGCGUAUAGAUUCUUUCCUCGGAGAAUGGCAGUCUCGGACCUACUUCGAAUCUGCCCUUCCCCCGCCCACAGCAGUGAUGGUUUCAGAAGCAAAGAUGGCCCUUCAAGUGCCACAGGAAGAGAUCAAAGGUGCUGACUUCUCCGCAUCCUUGACCUAUGACCUCCCGGCCGUCGAUUGGGAAGAGAAGGAAAGCGAGGCUACUUCGGUGCCUGUGCAAGAAAAAACUGGAUUGAGAGCGAUGGCCGCCGCUGGUCACUCCUUUCCGAAGCGGUCGCGGAACAUUUCAUUUGGGACAGAACUUGCCAAUGGUGCCAGACUCCUAAACAGAAACUUUCAGAAGCAUCCCGCUGGCUAUAGUGCACCGGUACCCACCUAUGCAAUGGGUUCAUCGGACAAGAUUCCUCCAGGCUAUGUCGCCCAUGCCCGGGACGGGUGCGUGACAAUUGAUCACGACUGGGACAGUGAAGCCGAACCUCUGCAAUGGGGCGACGGCGGCCCAUUCGACGAAGAAUGGGGUAAUAUGCAUCGAAGAUUUCGAAAUGGCUUGCAGAAGAUGAUUGAACAUUAUGAAAAAGAAGCCGCCGAGCAAGACGAUGAAGGCAAGGAAGACGAGGAUUUGGUCCUUGUCCUAGUCACCCAUCAAGCAGGUUGCAACGCCCUCAUCAGAAUCCUUACCGGUGCCCCUGCUCUGCACGCUGUAGCCACGGCUUCACUGACCAUGGCAGUUCGGACGCCGCGACAAGAAGAUGAGGGCUCGUCCAUGUCGCCUUCUCGACGCAGAGGUUCGCUAGACCUCAGUAUCGCUGAUGAGUAUGAAAUGAAGAUCAUCGCUUCGACGGAACAUUUGCGAGCUGGCUCAAACCCCCUCGGCCUGAACUCACCACGACUCGGUAAAUCGCCUGCGUUUGCCAGCCGUCGGGCCGUCGGUGCAGACUCCCCGGAGGGAUUCUCUUUGGGGGAGUCUUUGACACACCAUCGCGGCUCUCAUGGAGCGCUUGUGACUAGAAGCCAGAGCCAGAGAUCCCAUGCUGCUGACCCAGCAAGCACCGAGGAACAACCCUCAACCGGGCUUUGGCAGAAAGGAACCAUUUACACUCGAGACGAAGUUGCCGAUUCCAGCGAAACAGGAGGAAGUCUGAGUGUCCAGACGGGCAGUACGUCUAGCAGCAUUCGAGAGGAACCGACCUGGCAGGCAGAUAGACUACCUGUGCGAAGUUCGAGUCAACGGGGGCUCUGGGGUGGUGAAUCAACGCAUCGAGACAAGAGUCCUGGGAAACGAAGCUGGACAGCUGUCGAGAGGUCUCCAUGA